GCCCUGUGUUGCACAACAGUGGAUGUAAUCCACCUCCGCAGUAUUUGUAGUCUCUCCGGGAGCUGUGAGCGCCGCUUUCGUAGCUUGGGGAUACCUUUAAGGUGCGUUGCUUCCCGCUCCAGUUUCAGACUACAGUCAGCUCAAAAAAUUGCUCCGACCAAACAUCGAGACACAACAACCCGCGCUGCAGGAGGAACGUCAGGGGCGAGUUACCAUGGAACAGUUGACACUGGCGCAGGGGGGAGCUUUCGGGGUUUGGGCUAACAGCAGCGGCGCAGACGGCAACUGGACUGAAUUCCUCACGGCAUUGCGGUGGAUACAGUUUUCAAUGGUGACUUUAAGUAUAGUGGGCUCGGGCUCCAUCAUUGGAUAUACAGCAUUACAGCAGCUCUUACAACACCCUGAGAUACGCCCUUUGUUCUACCUGAGUUUGACCGAUCUGAUGCUGGGGCUUUGCUGGUUGAUUGGAGUUCUGUUCCAUGGGGAGUCAUUCACUGCUCGGAACGUGACCUGCUACAAUCUCCAGGUGAUGGGACAGGUGCUGUAUAUUUCUUCUUUUUGCUACACUCUGAACUAUAUUUGGUGCCUGUUCAGUGACCUGAGGACAAGGAUUUACACCAUGGUGCAUAGCCCAUCUCACCUGGUGACAGAACAGAGUGUCAGACUGAACAUGAUCCUUAUAAUCUUGUCCAGUUUGAUUCCUGUUGUGCUGAUGGUUCCUGUAUUUUGUGUUGGAAAUAUAUAUGGUUGUUAUGCCAACUACAGCAGCUCAUGCCUCCUGUUGCACACUGGGCCAUCCAAGCUCAACGACAGUUAUAUUGUGGAUCACAAGUCUGCAUGUCACAUCAUCUACCUGUACAGCACCAUCACCUUCCUCAUUACUUUCUUCUUUACCUUACUUGGACUUGUGAUUCUUCUAACUAAAAUGCGGUUCCGCUAUAUGAAACUAGUGACUCUGACCAGGUUUCUUGGAGACCAACAGUGGGCAAUGAUCAGAGUGAUUGAAUGGAGAGUCUUUCUGUAUCCUGCGGCUCUUUUGUUCUGUUGGGGACCAGCGAGUAUUCUAGCCACAGUCAAGCUGCUGAAUCCAAUGAACAUGAGCCGCCUUUACUUUGUACUCUACAUAUUACAGGCACUCACAGCUCCGUCACAAGGACUGCUGAACUGCAUAGUGUAUGGUUGGACACAGAGAAUGUUCCGAUACAUGAAGCAAAAGGCCUAUUGUGAUGCCGAUACACAGACCCCACUCCUGCGAUUUCAGAAGCAGUCGUACCACAGCACAAGAAGUGCCAAUGUAAUCAAUCAGCUGCCAAUCUCACCAACAACCUGAGGGACCUCUGGGGAAAACAUUACAGCCACAAUUGCACUAAUAGAUGCUUCUAUUUAUUAAGGAAAAUGGCUUGCAUUUAUAUAUUACAUAUUACGUCCCUUUCAGGAUAUCCAAACGUGCCUAACUAACUAAUGAACUAACCACAUCCCCCCUCCAUCCACCUCAGACCGUUUAAACAAUCUUCUUUGGCAGAACAGGAUACAAAUAAGGUAGUAGAAAGUUUUUUUUUAUCAAUUCUUCCAAUGAUGCAGAAGGAAGCUGAUAUUUCCACAUUGUUCUUUCCAAGUAUGUUUAAACUUUUUUAAAAAUUCUGAAAUAUAGCACUUUAAGAAUGUUAAAUGUUUUGAUUUAAUUGAGGUUAAGAUUUGAGCUCUUUUGCGAGGGGAAACAAAGUAAAUGUGCCUGUUUUCUCCACUUGCCUUCAUUUCAACUUUGUCAACAAUGUUAGUAAAGUGAAACACCAGUGAACUUUGUGAAAUCAUUGAUAAUAAGGGGGACUCGGGAGGAAACAGCAAAUAUUCUGGCUAUCUGAGAAAAUGCAAAUAGGGACUGGGACCUGCCAUGUACAGGAAAUUGUCCUUCAUCAAAAGGAUGAUGUUUAUAUUGUGAAAUUGCAUAGACUCAAAAGGCAGUAUGAGUUGCAUACAAACCUAGAUGGACUAGUAAAGACAAUCUAAUCCAUCUCAGCCAUCCCAGAUUUCUAUACUUUAAAUUACUACCUGAAAUCACAUGAUUUUCCAGAAUCUUUAAUGGUUCUAGGUUUUCUGGGUAAGGUUAAAACUCUGGAUUUCAAUAUUGUGAUUCUGCACUUGUGGUUUGAGAUGUCAGGAGUUAAGUGUUGCACCAUCUCGUGUUUCAAGCAUGAUAAUUGCAUUGAAGGUAUUAAGAUAUUGUUCAGCAACAUAAUGAAGACCUUCAGAAAGAUUUUGAAACUGUUCGAGGGAUAAGAAAGCAAAAGUGAGUGGCAAGAUCAGAAGGUUGGAGCAGUGUAGAAAGUGGAAAAAUUCUGGAUGAGUGUGGUAGAAUAUGAAGACUUUUUUUUCCAAAGGUUAAUGGUUAUAAAGGAUCGUAUUCAGUUCUAUCCUGAUUUAAGCUUCAAACCUCAUUCUCCACCAUUGCCAAUUCCAUUGGGACCUUGCUUACCUCAGGUAGACCAAAAGCACUGAUGGAAUCAGGGCCACAAGGCUGGGAGCCUGGUGGGAACCCCUAUUCUUCCCCAGUGCUCUGCUGGGAUACAGGCAUCAACCUCUACCCUCCACUGGCACACCUUCAGCAAUAAAUUGUUUACAACUUAGUGUGAAGAGACUGUGCAAGGGCUGGAGGAGGCCAGGAUGAGCCAAGGGUUGUGGCUGCUCAGUGCUGAGAUAGGAGGCACCCUGGCUGACAGGAUGAGCACUGGAAGCACCUGUUCCAUGUGUUGUGGAACUGCCCAUCACCUCCCAGUAACCUCCAUUGUGCUUGUUGCCACAGAGAAAUCUCCCAGCUGGGAAGAGCUGUGAAGCCAGAGACUGGUUUUCAUUGCAUCCAACUGCUGAUGAGAGAGCUGGAGGAGUCUGUCAACAUGGAGCAGGUGGUGCCAUGACCCAGGGUGUAGCCCUAAACCCCACACUGUAGCAUAAAGGGAGGCUGGUCUUGAGCCAGGUUCCCAAUGCUAUAGCAGGACGGGUUUGUGGCAGGUUCUCAGCCCAGCAGUAGAACAAGGAAUUGCACUGUUUUCAGUGUGAGAGCAGAUGCAGGUAGGGGGUGGGGGAGAAAUAUGUACUAGGUCCCUGGUACAAUAGUGCACAGGCCAAAUGUAUUUUUUAAAAGUACAGUAGAGUACAUACCUAUGUCCAGACUAGCUGUACUAUAACCAAAGCAGCACUCUGUGGGCUAGCACUAGUGUACGUGAACCAUUAUAAUAGUGCUUUCUUUUGGCUUUGCCCCCUCUUGUCUAUAACAAACUCAGAUACAUUUUCUCCUCAUCUUCAUAAGCAACAGAAGAAACCUAUGGAAAAUACUUUACUUUCUGUAGUUAAGUGUUGCUGUUUCCUCGCACUAUAAAAUGGAUAAUUAAUCACAAUAAUUAAAUCCUUGUUUUAAUCUUAUCAAAACUCAUUUUGAGCAGGUUUUAUUUCUUAUUCUGAUAAUAUGUUGAAUCUAUUCAUUAUCCUGUUCAUAUUUUGGGUACUUCUCUUUCUCCCUCUGCAAUGCAUCCAAAGCUGUUACCCUAUAUUAAAGGACCCAUUGUGUAAUAUGGUUCAGAGAUAAUAGUUGCACAGCUGAGUGGUAAAAGGGAAGGUAUUCUAUUUCAUCGUAUUCUAGAUUUUUCAAUAUAGAAACCAUGUUCUAUUCAACAUCAUGUGGGUAAUAGAUCCUUUUCUUGGUCUUUUUGGAGACUUUGAUAGUUCACAAUGUCAUUUUCUUCAAUACCUCUCCAUUGUUAUCCAGCUGGGCUGGAGUACAUGCUGUUGGUUCCAUUAUUAUUUAUCUUGGUACAAUUGAGGAAGUACCUGUAAUGGCUUCUCUGCAUGAUUAUUUCAGGCACUGUGCACCCCAGAAGGACUCUUGGCCCCUUCCAAUCGAUUACAUAUUUGUACUUCUGUAUCAAUAGUUUGGAAUCUGGUGCACAUUUAAUCCAGGGAUGAGUGCAAGUCAGCAAAGAGAGACCCAUUGGCCCACCACAUCCAUGCUGACCAUCAAAGUACCCACCUAUACUUAUUCCAUAACCCUUUAUGCCUCGGCAAUUCAGCUGCUUUAUCUAAAUGUUGUGAGAGCACCUGCCUCAAGCAGUGCAUUUCAGAUUCCCUUGAAACUCAUUCCUCCAGCUUUCAAUGUCUUUGCUGCUGCAAAUAAGUUUCCCAUCUAUAAUCCCUCAUAAUUUUAUAUGUUGAUAUUAGAUGGGCUUCAGAGCACAUAUCCAUUUCCACUUCUGUGGCACUAUCAAAUUUCAAGUCUUAUUGGCCUACCCAUCCCCAUCUCAAAUCUCCUCUAACCCUUUGCACUCUCCAACUCUGGCCUCUUAAGCAUCACAAUUUUAAAUCUCUCCUCCAUUUACAACAUGCUUCUGAGAUGGCAAAGCCCUAGGUUCUGGAAUUGCCCUUCUAAACCUCACUUUCAUUCCAUACCAUCUACUGCUUUGACCAAGUUCUUGGUCACCUGCACUAAUUAUGUCUUUGCGUGGAUCAGUGUGCAAUCCUUUGAAGUUUUUAGUACCACGAACACUUACCACAACAACUACAACUUCAUGUAGUGAAAAGUGCCUGAAAUUUAAGUUCUGGAAAUAUUUCUGAAGAUUUUUGCAUUUUUUCUUUUAUUUAAAUAAAAAUUCUUUUUACAUUUAUCAAAGAAUACUCCUGGUAC